AUUUCUCUCAAAUAGAUAUUUAGAUUUUUUUAUUUUUAGAUCUGUAAAUCUGCAAAUUAUUAGUGGAUACAAUAUUGGAAUUAGGGAUUUCCUAAACUCUGUAAUGGAAAAAGGAUUAGGGCUUUCCUAAAUAAUCACUUUUAUGGUUUAUUGGUGAUUAGGGAUUUCCUAAACUCUAUAAUGGGAAAAGGAUUAGGGAUUUCCUAAACUCUGUAAUGGGACCAAUGAUCUAGAUGGCCUGGGUUGCUAUAGAUGUAUGCCAUGUAUACAAUGGAUGUAGACAUAGAAUAGUCUUGCCAUUCAUCAUUUGUUGUGAAUGUUUAAGGUGUGUACAACAUGUGUUUGAUGAAAUGUCUCAGGGGAAGAGCCGCAAGACUUGGCAUACAUGUUCCUGAAUCCAAACUUUUCAAAUGAGGCCUAUCAUGGAGGGACAUUUCAAAAUUUAUGCUGAGAGGCAUGGUUGUGACCAUCCGAUUAGUGGGCAUCACACAGAUGGUUAAAAUGAAAAGUAAGCCGAAAUUCAACUAACAAAUGUCCGCCAAUCAAAGGUUAGGAGCAUUCAGUUGAUCUGAUUUCAGGGCAAUGUUCCUGUCCAAAGCCGGGCCAAAGAUUGGGAUGGUUUAAUUUGAGGUACAUGUGCCAAUUCUUCCCCCAACUAACAAAGAGAUCUUGGUGGGAUUGCCACAUGUGAAACUGAUGCUAUGAUCCUGUUUCUCUCUGCCUCUGCAUUUGUAUGGAUUGUCACUCAUGAGACUCUGCAAGAGUAUCCUUCUCUCUUUCUUAAAGAAGAUGCAAACAGUCCAUGUUUUUUCACCUGGCACCUGAUAUACUUGGAACUCUGGGAUUAUCUUUGAUAACUUGCUAGUUGCCUCUCACAUGUUCUGUUAAAUUUCAUGACUUGGGGUUCUUCUCCUUCAUCUGUUUAGGGCUAAGGAGUAGUAUUUGUGUGGUGCUGCACUGCAAAUUCAAGGAAUCCAAACUCAUAUAUCUGUCAUGCUUCCAAUAAAGAAAUGCCCAGAUGGGUUUCAUGGAUUUGGUGGCCUGGUACGUGAGCUUCAUGGGCAUAUAUCAUUGUUUCAAAUUCAAACUCCGAGAGGUUUGUUGUAUCGAUUCAUUAUUUUUACAGCGCGCACAAAAUUCUGCCUUUACCGUUGAGUUCAGUGUAAAACAUUCCAUAAGCGAAAGAAACAUUUUUGUAUGUAGGAUUCAAAGUGUGUAUGGGUUCUUAAAGGUGACAAUGACUUACCAACUUCCUGCUGUAACUAAUAAGCACUGUUUUGGUACAUCCAAUCUUGUGAUUUGGUGAGCUGCUGUAUACUAAGCAUACAAUGCGUCAGCUGUUGAUAAAAUUCGCUGUGAUAUUCUUACAGUUAUUACUAGCUCUUGAUGGUAUUUUCUAGGUGGCCAAUCAUAAAACUUUUGCCAAUCUACCUUCUAAAAGCAAACCCAAAUUGUUGGGAAUGGGCUAAGGCCUUGUUUGGUAGAUACCUAAUAAUGAGUAGAUCUCAUUUUAGUUCAAAGUAAUUAUGUAUUAGAGAUCUUGAUCUCUAAUACAUAAUUACUGUCACGUAAAAUAAUAUCAACUCAUUUUUAGGUGUCUACCAAACAAGACCUGAGAUGAUGACAGCAAUGUUGUUGGUUUGAUUUUCUGAUUUUUUUUUUAUUUUUUAUUUUUUGCUUGUACAUAUUCUGCCACUGGACCUGUUCUAGUGUGAUGUUUGUUGGUUGAUGAUUAGAAAUACAUGUAAUCACAAGGUGAUCCACUUGAAGAUGAUCAGAGUUUUUUUUUUUUUGCUGGCGCACGUGCCGGAUCUACUCCAUUCGUUGGAUGCACUGGCCCAGUAAUUGGGCUGGUCUACUCAUCUAUGGUCUAUGUAUAAUGAAUAUGCAGUUAGAAAAAAUGACACAGGUUUCACAUACGACAUGCACGUGGAUCAGUUGAUGAGUGGACCAGCCUUUUCUUUGGGCCAUGGCAUAUUCAGGCAGUUCCAACCUGAUGAAAGGUCCACUUGUGCACGCAUUUGCUGCAAUGGCGCAUAAUCCUUUAAGAAAUGAGAAAUCCUUUAGGCAUCCUUAUGUCUGUUGGCAUUUCUCUUAUGCUACCUUGCAAAGCCAUGUCCAUAACUAAAUGGGGCCACAUCUGUGCUACAUGAGAAGCCGUUUAGGGCCUGUUUGGUUGACACUUGAAAAAAGAUUUCGUGAAGCAUGCCUUUCAAAAAAAAAAGAAGAAUUUUGUGAAGCAUAUUUUUAUGGAAAAAUUCUGAAAACCUAGUUUAAGAAAUUUAUAUUUCUUGAGAAAAUUGUUUGGAUGACAGUUUCUAUUUUAUCUUUUCUUAGAUAUUGUUUAAACAUUGGUGUUUGGAAAAAAUAUCAGAUCCAUUCAUCGGCAACUGGUUAGAUCCAUCCAGACAUCUGUUGUAGCCUAUAGGUCACUGAUAAAGGGAUCAGAUGGCUGUGUUUAAGAUCCAUCAAGUGCAGUUUGGUAACCCAUCAACAAUCUGAUCAACCAAGAGGCGGCCCCACCAGCACAAACUGAAAGUCCAAGGAUGCACCAUUUAUCAACUCUGUGGGGCACACCUUGCAAGGGUCGAAUAGAUGCAUGUGGCAACACGUGUAAGAGUGAAGGAAAAAGUGCCGCAGCUGCAAGGGUCGAAUAGGAGACCUACCAUUGAAAGGGAAUCUUUACUUUUCACCGUUAAUGCUAGUGAUAACCGUGGAAAGGCUGACUCCACAAUUGCUGAAGGAAUUGGUGGAAGUACAACAAAUUCUAUAAAAGAACUCAUCAGCAACGAAGCUCUGAGUUCUAACAUGGACAAGUCAAAGCAUCCAAAAUCUGUGUUGAUUAUGGACGAGGUUGAUGGCUUGCUUCUUAAAGGUGUCACCGAAGCAGUAGAAGAAGAAGCAAAAGCAGCAGGUAUGUAUGUACAUGCUUUUCCCUUGUCAUUCUUGGCUCAAAUACCUUCAAGUAAUCUUAGUUGUCUGGAAAACAUUACAAAUGCCACAUAUUUUGUGUAUAGACCUAGUACUGAUUCGAUAAAUACCCCCAUAAGUUGUGCUUUUAGCCAUAUAAUAAUUCUAAACUUAUAG